UGAAAACAGCUGAAGAACAACUUGGAAAGACCAACAGCUUCUUUCAAAACAUCGACAUGAAGACCAUCAUUUCCAUUGCACUUCUCUUGACCACUCUCUGCCUGGUCUCUGAGGCUGUCCAAGUCCAGGAUGGAGAAUAUUUUUUCUCACUGGAAUCAGUGAAGGUCCUUCAGCACCUGAUGGACAGCAGCUCUGUCACCCAGCAGCAGAAUCCUCACCUAUUCAAGACUAGCAAUGCUGCAGUUUGUGGCAACCCAACUCUGCCCCAGGAGUUUGUGGAGCUCUGUCAUCAAAGUGGCUCUUCCCUGGUCUUCUCCAGGCUAGCUGCAGUGCCUGCUGAUGUUUGUGAAAUCUGUGCUUUCGCUGCCUGUACUGGUUGCUAGACAUCUUUUCUACUUGUGAUGGAAUGCCUUUUUUCCACGUACCCCAAACUGUUACCUGUUUAAAAGCAUAUGUUUAAUGACUCUUAGACUGACAAUUUCAUAACCUGUAUUUUUUUGUUACAGUAUGUUUAUUUAUCGAUUUGAUGUAGAGUAGACUUAUUUUUCUCUCUCACUUUCUAUGUGUCUUCUGUGUCAUGUCCAUGAGUGCUUUAUACAUUC